AAAGUUAUUGUUACCUGCAUUCAACCAUUAAUCAAGUGAAGGAAUAAAAAAGUUUUGUGAAAUGAAAUUUUACAUUGUUUUGUUCUUUAUGAGUGCAUUGAUUGCAAGCAUUAACUGCGGUAGCGAUCCAUACAGCAACUGCGAUAUUCUCCCUGACGUUGGCUUCCCAUGUGCCGAUUCAACAGGACCUUCUGAUCCCACGGUUUAUUACUUCUAUGACUUUGUAACUGGUUUCUGUGAAGUUCUUAACUACCUAGGCUGUGGUGGCAACGAAAAUAUUUUCCCAAGUUCAUUGGCAUGUGAAACACAUUGCAUCGUACAAGGAGAUGCUCGACCCUCAGCCGCUUAAAAGAUAAUUGAUUAAUUCCGAAAACUAUUUGCUAAAAAUAAAUGUGUUUUAAAUAAAUGGGUAAAAAUGAAAACUUUUCUUUCUCACGUGUCCACUAGUAAGUCUAAGAUGAAGUCUCUACACGUUGAUAAGUGAUUGAAA